UCCUUAGCAACAAGAGAACGCGUCCUAACGCCCGUCAGUCAGACAAACAGCUGCUGGAGGUUGGUUCGUGUUUCUGCUGUAAAAUCUGGAUUCUGACUAAGUUUAAAGCUCGAGUUCAAAACUAGACGUUCGUGUUUGAAGCGUCAGAGAAAAACAAAGAACUAAAAUCAGGAGGAAACAGCUCCGUCCUGCUGAUGGAUGAGACGGUGAAGCCUGUGAGGGUUCCUCCUCAGCUGUCUGUCUACAGCGACAAACACGUCACACACCUGGUGCAGACCCUGGUCUCCGACCUGCUGAUCCAUCAGCCUGAUGAUCCGAUCUCCUUCCUGAUCCAUCAGCUGCAGAGGAUCAGUGUGGAUGUUCCCAGGGUUCUGCUGUUCGGACCUCCUGCUGUCGGGAAAAACACGGUGGCGAAGCGGCUGAGUGCGGAGCUGAGAGCCGUCCAUGUGACCACUGACACGCUGCUGCUGGACCAAUCAGAGCCGAGCUCACAGACUGAGCAGGUUCCUGCUGAGCGGCUGGUUCUCCAGAGACUGAAGGAAAUCGACUGCAUCCACAAGGGCUGGGUGUUGGUUGGGUUCCCUCAGUCUCGUCUGCAGGCUCUCAGUCUGCAGCAGCUUGGAGUUCUACCAGAACAUGUUGUGUUGCUGGAGGCUCCAGAUGACGUUCUGCUGCAGAGGUUUCAGGGUCGGCAGGUCGACCCUCUGACUGGAGACAUCUACCACCACACCUUCAUCAGACCCGUCGAAGACAUCAUCACCGACCGUCUGGAGGAGGGGCGGGGCCUGUCAGAGGAGCAGCGAUUGGCUAAACUGCAGCUUUUCCGCCGUGAGGUCACAGGUCUAAGCUCCACCUACCAGCACGUCCUGAAGGUCAUCAACGGCGACCAACCCCACGCUGAUGUUUACCAGCAGGUGUUGGCCUUCGUUCAGAUCCGCCGUCGCUCCAGAACUCCCAGAAUCCUCCUGCUGGGUCCUCCAGGUUCUGGGAAGAGUCAUCAGGCCCGACUGCUGUCCAACAAAUACAAGAUGGUGGACGUGUGCUGUGGACGCCUGCUGAGGUCCGUAGGAGCUGACGGUUCCGCUGUAGCACAACAGAUCCAGCCGUACCUGGAGAACGGUCGUCCAGUUCCAGACUCGCUGGUUCUGCAGGUUCUGCAGGAACGUCUGAGCCAGAUGGACUGCAGCUGCAGAGGCUGGAUCCUUCACGGGUUCCCCAGCGAGCUGCAGCAGGCCAAGAACCUGCAGGAGUCACAGUACCAACCCAACAGAGUUUUCUUCCUGGACGUAACAGAUGAAGUUUGUUUGGAGAGAAUCGGUCUGAGAGCAACAGACCCCAUCAGUGGACAGAGGUUCCACGCUGUUACUCAACCCGCUCCAAACUCUAAGGUCCAGGACCGACUGCAGACCCGACCUGAAGACAGAACACCCACUGUAGAACACAGUCUGGAACAGUACCGGAACCACAGCGCUGCCCUGCAGUCUGUGUAUCCAGAUGCGGUUCACAUUGAUGCUGAUCAGGAUCCCCACUCUGUGUUUGAGUCUCUGGAGAGUAAACUGACCACUGACUGACACCUGGACUCACCUGGACUCACCUGAGGAGGACAAAGAGAGUGAUGUGGUUGGAUUGUUUAGAAGAAGAAUAAAAUGUUUUCUGUUUUUCAUUGA